AUGCAGAGACACGAAGUUGAGAUUAGGUACCCUACUGCUUUAAAAGACUGCAAUUGGGCUCAACGAGGAUGGUUUCUUUCCCCUUUAUCACUCAUCACUACCUGUAUGUCUUAUGAUUCUUUCUUCUCUUGGAUUAAGUCUAUGCAUAAGAGACUUGAUAAGGAGUUGAUAGAGCAGUUUUGCACUAUUGGUUGGGACUUGUGGAACUCAAGAAAUGAUCUCCUCUUUAACGACAAGGCCACGACUUCAAGUCCAGAAAUUGCAGAAGCAUUAGCAGCACGAUAUGGUAUGCAACUUGUUCUUGAUAUGGGCUAUGACAACGUGGUACUGGAAUUGGAUAGGCUUCGAUUAUGGUUUGGGCUAUAA